GUAUAUAUAGACAAAAUAGUAUUAUACUUCAUCAGUAUUUUCUGUUUUAAACUAAUACAAAAUGAAAUCUUUUGUUUUUGUUGCUUUGUUUGCACUAAUUGGAUUGGUACAGCCAGUUUAUGUUCCGGGAAAAGACAAAUCACUAGAAGUUUCCGUAGAAUUUCCUCUAGAAUGCCAAGCUUGUGAAGAAUUUGCAAAGUUAGUUGGAGAGUUAAUUGAAAAAGAACUUCCAAAGGAAACUGUAGAAAAAGAAGCAGAAAAAUUAUGUGAUAUACUUCCAAGUUCUCUAAAAAAAUUCUGUCAUGAUCAUCUGUUAACGGUGGUUGAUACUAUAUAUGAUGAAAUUAUUAAUAAUGUCUCACCGAAAGGAGUUUGUGAACUUUUAGAUUUUUGUUAAUUAUUUUAAAUAAUAAAAAAGUGUUUAUUUCUUUAUAAUUUAUAUAUAACAACUUUAUAAUUUGUUUUUAUGUUAGAAAGUAAUGUCUGUUUUACCAUUUUUUGACCAAUUUGAUAUUAA